CAUGGCGGCGAGUCAGGGAGGUGGUGUUAACAGUGGGGGCGGCGGUUGUGGUGGAGGUGGAAGUGGCGGUGGCGGUGGCGCGGCCGGAGGGGGAGGUGGCGGAACCGGAGGGGGAGCCGGCGGCGGGACACUGCUGGUGCCCAUCCCGGUACCGACUCUUUUCGGUCAGUCGUUCCCCAAUGGGCCGCAGUGGAACCCGGGGAGCCUCCAGCCUCAGCACACUGUGAGGAGCCUGGACCGGGCCCUGGAGGAGGCGGGCAACUCCGGCAUCCUGGGCCUCAGUGGUAGGAAACUCCGAGACUUCCCGGUCAGUGGCUACGACCUGACGGACACCACCCAAGCAGAUCUUUCAAGAAAUCGUUUUACAGAAAUUCCUUCUGAUGUCUGGUUAUUUGCACCUCUUGAAACAUUAAAUUUAUAUCAUAAUUGCAUCAAAACCAUUCCUGAAGCCAUUAAAAACCUACAGAUGUUAACAUACCUUAACAUUAGUCGAAAUCUUUUAUCAACAUUGCCAAAAUACCUAUUUGAUCUUCCUCUUAAAGUUUUGGUCAUCAGUAAUAAUAAACUGGUAUCCAUUCCAGAAGAAAUUGGGAAGUUAAAAGAUUUGAUGGAAUUGGAUAUUAGCUGCAAUGAGAUUCAGGUCCUUCCCCAACAAAUGGGAAAAUUGCAUUCACUUAGAGAGCUAAAUAUAAGAAGAAAUAAUCUUCAUGUGUUGCCAGAUGAAUUAGGAGAUCUUCCCUUAGUCAAGCUGGAUUUCUCUUGUAAUAAAGUGACCAAAAUUCCAGUUUGUUACAGGAAGCUGCAUCACUUGCAAGUAAUAAUUUUGGAUAACAAUCCAUUGCAAGUACCACCAGCACAGAUAUGUUUAAAGGGUAAAGUACACAUCUUUAAAUACUUAAAUAUUCAAGCAUGUUGCAGAAUGGAUAAGAAACCAGAUUCUCUGGAUCUUCCACCAUUGAGUAAAAGAAUGCCCUCCCAGCCUCUCACAGACAGUAUGGAAGACUUUUAUCCAAAUAAAAAUCAUGGCCCUGACUCUGGAAUUGGAAGUGAUAAUGGAGAGAAACGAUUAUCUACAACGGAACCAUCAGAUGAUGACACAAUCAGCUUUCACUCUCAAGUCUCAGAAUCAAACAGAGAGCAGACAUUAAGAAAUGAUAAUCACUCAAUAGGAAGUAAACCUGAUUCUCAGAAAGACCAGGAGGUGUAUGAUUUUAUUGACCCCAAUACAGAAGAUGUAGCAGUUCCUGAGCAAGGAGAUGCACAUAUUGGAUCGAUUGUCCCUUUACUUAAGGGAAAAGAAAAAGGUCUUGAAAAAUCUCAGAAAAAUGAAGAAUUGGGAGAUGAAAAAAGACUUAUGGAAGAACAGCUACUUGCCGAGGAAGACGAUGAUGAUGUGAAGGAAGUAACUGAUUUGAGGAAAAUUGCUGCUCAACUAUUGCAGCAAGAGCAGAAGAACAGAAUUCUUAAUCAUUCAACUUCUGUCCCAAGAAACAAGCCAAAACAAACUGUGGAAUGUGAAAAGAGUGUUUCAGCAGAUGAAGCUAAUUCACCAUUAUCACCCCUUACAUGGCAGGCCUUAGAAAAUCCGAAGGAUCGAAUAGGUGAACAACACUGGCCAGAAUCUCACCCUAUAAUCUGGCAGAGUGAAGAAAGGAAGCGGAGCAAACAGAUUAGAAAAGAAUAUUUCAAGUAUAAAUCAUCAAGGAAGAGUUCAAGUGGCAAUGAAAAUGAUGAGCAAGACAGUGAUAAUGCUAAUAUGUCACCACAAUCUCCAGUAUCAUCUGAGGAAUGUGAUAGAACUGAUGGUUUUUCACAUGGUCCCUUUGGCUUGAAGCCUAGAUCAGCUUUUAGCCGCUCGUCUCGCCAGGAGUAUGGGGCAGCAGAUCCAGGAUUUACAAUGAGAAGAAAGAUGGAACAUCUACGGGAAGAACGAGAGCAAAUACGACAACUGCGCAAUAAUCUCGAAUCCAGGUUAAAAGUAAUUUUGCCUGAUGACAUUGGAGCUGCGCUGAUGGAUGGGGUUGUUCUUUGCCAUUUAGCCAAUCAUAUAAGGCCACGUUCUGUAGCUAGUAUUCAUGUGCCAUCACCAGCAAUGCCUAAAUUGAGCAUGGCAAAAUGUCGAAGAAAUGUAGAAAAUUUUCUUGAUGCUUGUAAAAAGUUGGGUGUCUCACAGGAAAAACUCUGUUUGCCUCAUCAUAUUUUGGAAGAGAGAGGUCUUGUGAAAGUUGGUGUCACAGUUCAGGCUCUUCUUGAAUUACCUACAACCAAGGCAUCUCAGCUUUCCACAGCUUGAUAGAACAUAUGAAAAUCCUAAGUGUGUAGUUUCAUUUAUUUGAAGUGAUUUCAGAUAUCUCAAAUUAAUGAAUAAGAAUGUCUAAUCAAAAAAUAUUUUUAUUAGUUCAAACCUUCAGUUUAAAAAAAAUUAGGUUAAACUAUCAAAAUUAAAUUUUGAGUUACCCAAACUUCUCUUGGGGAAAACUCGAUUAACCUAACAAGAGUUUCUGAUAAAUUCAAAUUCUUAUUUUACCAAUCAGUUGAUAGCCUUGAUUAUUUUUCAGAAAUCAGAUUGAUACUAAAUUUAAAGUGGGGUUUCAAUUUAAUAAUCACAUUAGGUUUAUUUUUUUUUAUAUCAUAGCAUACUAGUAAACACCUGGAUAAGGUAAUCAUUUUUUACCAGUUUAAGACAAUUCUAUGUUUGAGUUAUUUAAUAUACUUUUAAUUCUAGUUUAUAUACAACUUCUUCAAUCUUUGGUCUUAGUUUUCUAGAAAAAUAUGAGUAGCAAAUAAAGAACUCUGACUUUAUAUUAAAUUCCUUUAGUAGUAUAGGUUGGUGCCAAAAUAUUUUCAGUUGUACUUUAGAUUGUUUACAUGUGAAGUGCCUGUGUAAUUGAUCACUCUUAUAUAGUCUUAAGCAUUUUUGCAAUUUCUUUUUAUGUAAUAAUGAAAUAAAUGGAACUUUAAAAUAUUUUGGUAGAUUUUGUAAGGUCAGUAAUAUGUGAGGAUUUAAAUAUGCCUCACAUUGUGACAUUUGUGGUUUUUUAUUUAGUCCAUUGCAGUUUUCCUUAAAUUGGUUAUUUCAUGUUAUCAAAAAGAAAUUAAUAUGCUUAAUUUAUGCUAUUUAAUUUUGCAAAACUUAAUCAUCUUUUAAGGUGUAUUAUUUGAAGAGUAUUUUAUUUCUGUAUUGAAAAAUGAUACACAAAGCAGUAAGGUUUUUGAGAACUAGUAAAUUUGGCUUUAUGUCAUUCUUGACUUUCAAGGACAUUACAUUAGAGUUGCUGCUUUCAGUUGCAUUCAUGUUCAGGGAGCAGCAAUGGAGGAACAGAUUUUUAUUCGAAAUCUGGCUGUUUGUGGAUCCUGUAAAGAUUAUGCUCCUCAGUUAACAUGAUGUUGAAUCAAACACAGACCAUUCUAUAAAUAUUUUCAUAAGUACACUGUGUUACAUAAAGUCCUUGUUUAAUUUAGAGAUGAAUAAAUUUACAUUGGUAGUAGUGGAAAUUUUUCAAAAACAUUACUGUAAUGAAUAACUUUGUUUCCUAUUGAAGAAUCUUAGUAUAAUUACUUUUGUAGUAGCUAAGCAAGUGUUAUAUCUUAAAUAUGUGAUUAUUUGCACUUGUUACCUCUUAAUAUGGAUGCAACUUAUUAAAAAUGUUAGCCUGGGUAUUUCAAAGGGUAUAUAUAAAAGGUAAAAACUAGUGUGCCAAAUGGUAUAAUAAGGGUUGGUUUAGUAACAACUCUACUUUUUUUCAUCAGUUGGCAUGAAGCCAUAUAAUUACAUUUUGGUUUUAGAAUAGAGAUGUGUUCUUCAUAGUCCUCAAAGGUCAAAUUGGAGCUUAAACAAUUAAAGCCUCUUAUGAUGACAUGGUUUACAAAUUAAAUUAUUAGUAAUUUAUUACUUUAAAUAUUUGAGCUAAUUAGUUACUGUUUUUCAGUUGGAUCUAAAAAAACUCUCAUUGACAUAAUCUCCCUAGUGAAAACUUGGGUAAUAAAGGUAAGGAAUAGCAAAUAAAUAUCUUAAGUUACUAGUUUUUAUGUAGAAGUUUCACAAUGUUAAAAAUAAGUGACCAUUAAAAACUAUAGCCAUCAUUCAUACUGCUUUCAUAGUUAUCAUGCUAUAGGAUUCUUCUUAUUAAUGAAUCUAGAUGUUAAUUAUUUUACAAGUAUUUUCCUGUUUCAUGUCAUUGAAAUAUUAGUGAAAAUAUAGGUCAUUUAGUUACUGCAUUUUUCACUUUCUUGACACUUAAUUAUUAUUUUGAAGAGAACAUACACCAGAAUCUCACUCUAACAUUGUUUACUGCAAAGCAAAAUUAACCAUUUAAGUUGGGUCCAUCUGAGGUCCAUACAAUGGCAGUUUACUAUAGUGCCAAAAGACAGUACCACCUCUAAGGCAGUUUCAUACGUAGUCCCCAAGGACACAUUAUAUCAAGAGUCUGAUGUAUUUCUUUUAGUAGUUUUAAAAGUGUAAAUUUGAUUCUCAAUGGUUUUUAUGUAUCUGCUUCAUCAGUUAUUGAGUUAGGAAUGAUUACAGCUGCUUGAAUUGGGUUUGUGCUUUGAAGAGGGUUAAAUAAUUAAACUAAAACAUUUCAUUAGGCCCUUAAAAAUGCAGUAGGAAGUUAUUUCUGCUAAAUUUUAUUGUUGUAUGGCACAAGAGAGAAGUGAUGUUGGAUAUGUUAGAAUUCAAACAAGUGAAAAUGCAUUACCAUUUGUUUAAUAAUUAUCUUUACAGAAUGCUAGUUUGUUGACUUUUCUAACUGAAUUUUUUGAAUUCAGAAAUCUUUGUAUUGGUCACAGGUCUAUUAUGAUUGAUUUUCUGAUGCAUUUAAAAAUAAAUGGAACACUAAAUGUAUAUUACCGAUGCAAACUGUGGAUAAAGUUGAACGAAAAAUUUAAA